AUGGGGGAGAUGGAACAGUUGCGGCAGGAAGCGGAGCAGCUCAAGAAGCAGAUCGCAGAUGCCAGGAAAGCCUGUGCUGACACUACCCUGGCAGAGCUGGUGUCUGGCCUCGAAGUCGUGGGACGUGUGCAGAUGCGGACACGGCGGACCUUAAGGGGACACCUGGCCAAGAUCUACGCCAUGCACUGGGCCACCGACUCUAAGCUGUUGGUAAGCGCCUCGCAAGAUGGGAAGCUGAUCGUGUGGGACACAUACACCACCAACAAGGUCCACGCCAUCCCGCUGCGCUCCUCCUGGGUCAUGACCUGUGCCUACGCCCCGUCAGGGAACUUCGUGGCCUGCGGGGGGCUGGACAACAUGUGUUCCAUCUACAGCCUCAAAUCCCGGGAGGGCAACGUCAAGGUCAGCCGGGAGCUGUCGGCUCACACGGGUUAUCUCUCCUGCUGCCGUUUCCUGGACGACAACAACAUCGUGACCAGCUCCGGGGACACCACGUGCGCCCUGUGGGACAUCGAGACUGGGCAGCAGAAGACUGUGUUUGUGGGGCACACAGGGGACUGCAUGAGCCUGGCCGUGUCCCCUGACUUCAGACUCUUCAUCUCGGGGGCCUGCGACGCCAGCGCCAAGCUCUGGGACGUGCGGGAGGGGACCUGCCGGCAGACUUUCACGGGCCACGAGUCGGACAUCAACGCCAUCUGCUUCUUCCCCAAUGGAGAGGCCAUCUGCACGGGCUCAGACGAUGCCUCCUGCCGCCUGUUUGACUUGCGGGCCGACCAGGAGCUGACCACCUACGCCCACGAGAGCAUCAUCUGCGGCAUCACGUCCGUGGCCUUCUCGCUCAGUGGCCGCCUGCUCUUUGCGGGCUACGACGACUUCAACUGCAACGUGUGGGACUCCAUGAAGUGCGAGCGCGUGGGUAUCCUCUCUGGUCACGAUAACAGGGUCAGCUGCCUGGGGGUCACAGCUGAUGGGAUGGCUGUGGCCACUGGUUCCUGGGACAGCUUCCUCAAAAUCUGGAACUGA